AUGUACACCAAAAACAAUAACAAUUUUCUUAUAAAUGACGACCCAAUAUCAACAUCACCACAAAAAUUACAUCGACGAGAUGACCACAACAAUACUACCACCCAAACAAACGACAUUCUGAAGAUAGGACUGGCAAUCGUUCUAUUUCUUCUUUUAUUUCUAAUGAUAAGCUACGCGACAAUUGUCGCCGUGAGAAGAAAAAGAAAUUUAAUAUCAUCAUCACCCGGCCAUAAGAAAAGAGUUUCGAUAUAUUUGUGGCAAAAAAAUUUGGUAUUUAGUCAUUCGCGUUCACGUUCGACUGGCUCUUCUUUGCUCGACCAUAAUCAACAACAGCAAAUUAAUCAAGGAAAGGAAAGAGGAGGAGUAAGAAGGGGAUUACGGUUGGAUGUUAUUAAAGAAGAUGGCAAGGUUACAUUGUCUCCGAUGAAAGAAGAAGAGGAAGGAGGAUUAUCUGGAUCCUUACCAGAGUCUGCAAUCGAAAAGAUUGAAGCAAAGGCAGAGUGUGAUGAUGAGUCUUUUGUUAUGGUGUCGAAUGUUUGA